ACUAAUUAAUUGUUGCUGAUCUUAACAAAAAAUGCGUUUCCUAACCUCUGAUGACACAAUUUAUACAUCAUGAUUUUCACACAGUUACUUUAUUUGCUUACUGAAUAGAAACUCAAUACAUUAAUUCGUAGACAUAGAUCCUCGGAUCUGUGCCUAGACCUUGCGUGAAAAUGGCUGACGCACAAGUUUCAAAUAUAGUUAAUGAAAUUUUGGUGAGUCUACAACAACAGAGAGUGGAAGCAGUAGAGGAGGCCUUCAGUUGCUUCCUGGUUCACAAACCAGAACAAGAAAAUGAAAGGUUAUCCAUAUAUCAAAAAAAGCUAUGUGCAGUGAUGACUACAUUGAGUGCAGAUUUGCAGGAGUCUGCUAUACGGCAGUACUUAACUCUUACUGCAGUUUUAACCAAUAGAUAUAAAAUGAAGCAACUAUUGACUGUCUUAGAAAAUUUAGUUAACACCAAUGUCUUACAGGCAAGGAUGCUUUGUGAUUGUAUUUUAACAAGUGAAAAACUUGUUUAUCAGUAUGCAGAUUUUUGGAUAGAAUGCUUUAAUUUGAUCAGGAGAAUUAUUGGAGGUGUUGAUUACAAAGGAGUAAGAGAAAUAAUGAAAGGUUGCAGAGAAAAAGCUCAUACAUUACCAGUAAGACUUAACUCAAGUACAAUGCCACAGCUGAAGGCCUUAGAUAAUGUAAUUGAAUAUAUAUUUGACCGCAAUGCCUCAUUAUUACCUGCAUACUUUAUUGUAACUGAAAUUCAAAAAGAUUACCCAGAUAAUAAUCACUGGCCUCAUUGGCAGUUAGCUAAAUUAUUGACUGGUUUUGUUGAGAGUUUUAAACCUUGUGCACAAAUGGUUUCUAUCAUUGGACAUUCCCACAUGCUACCAGUUGUUGAAUUUUCGGGAUAUGCUGAUCAUCUUGUCAACCCUUGGCGACUAGAUCCCACAACUUUAAAAUUUUCCCUAAAAGGAAAUUUACCAUAUGACGAUGACCUCUUGAAGCCUCAAAUAUCAUUGCUAAGACAUGUUCUACAACAGCCUUACUCUCGGGAUAUGAUGUGCUCAAUGCUAGGUCUACAAAAACAGCACAAGCAGCGUUGUAUUGCCUUAGAAGAUCAAUUAGUUGAACUGAUGAUACUUCCUAUGGAGAGAAGUGAACAGGAAAAUGAUGAAGAUGAGAUGUCCUCAACACAUUGGUGUUGGUUGCAUUUAUCAUCACAAGUCAUUUAUUUAAUUUUAAUUGGUUUUGCAUCAUUUCCAAACAUUGUUAUGGGUCUCCAUAAUAAACUAAUUGGCCAUGACAUGAAGAAAGGGCGAGAUCAUCUUAUGUGGGUACUGCUGCAGUAUAUAUCAGGAAGCAUACAAAGAAAUCCACUGUCAAAUUUUUUGCCAAUUAUAAAAUUGCAUGAAGUUUUAUAUCCCGAAAAAGAUCCAUUACCAGUGCCAGACUAUGCCAAAGCACAUUGUACACACCAAAUGGCUGUUGUGUGUAUUUGGAUGCAUUUGUUGAAGAAAGCUGAAACAGAGAACAAAACCAUGACCAUGCCGCAGAACUUGAAAGUGCAGUAUGAGUUUCUCCAUCAUCUUAUGACUUCAAAUAACACUCCAACAUUAAUGGGAUCAGAUUACCGCAUAGCUUUGUUAUGCAAUGCAUACUCUACAAAUCAAGAGUAUUAUGCCAGACCAAUGGGAAUUAUUAUCGAAACCCUGUUUGGUACUCAAAAAGCUUUACCAAAUGGCAAUCCAGCAGCUCCUCUGCCCACAGUGCCUCUAUCAAUGUGUAUAUUGGACAGUUUGACAUUACACUGCAAGAUGUCACUUAUACAUUCCAUUGUAGCACAUGUUGCAAAACUUGCUCAAAACAAAAGCAAUAUGCCAGGAAGUACAAUGAUGGCCCCAGCACUAGUUGAAACUUAUAGUCGACUACUAGUGUAUACUGAAAUAGAAUCACUGGGCAUUAAAGGAUUUAUAAAUCAAUUCUUACCGACGGUAUUCAAAUCACAUGCAUGGGGAAUACUGCAUAACCUUUUGGACAUGUUUUCGUAUCGUAUACACCAUAUACAACCACACUACAGAGUGACUCUCCUAUCUAAUAUACAUUCCUUGGCAGCUUACCCACAAGCAAAUCAGACUCAGUUGCAACUGUGCUUCGAAAGUACAGCACUUCGUUUAAUAACGAGUCUUGGGAGCUCAGGGGUUCAGUUGCAAAUGUCUCGUGUUGUAUCGGAGCCUAAAUCCUUGGUUUCUUCGGAGAGUGAGGAGCUUAAUCGAGUUUUAGUGCUGACACUUGCGCGCGGCAUCGCCAUGACGGGUGCAGGCACCGAUGGGGCAGCCGUAAAAGAGCUUCUCACAACCAUAAUGACGAAUACGCCGCACAUGUGGUCCCAGCACACUCUGCAGUGUUUCCCGCCGGUGCUCGUGGAGUUUUUCUCACAGAAUCCGGCCACUAAAGAAAACAAACAAGUUUUGAAGAAGUCCGUAGAAGAGGAGUACCGGAAGUGGACGUCAAUGGCAAAUGACAAUGACAUCAUAUCGCAUUUUUCAGUCCCAGGAACGCCUCUGUUUCUUUGUCUGCUUUGGAAAAUGAUCUUCGAAACUAAUAGGAUUAAUCCUAUUGCAUUCAAGAUCCUGGAACGCAUAGGUGCGCGUGCUCUGUCUGCACAUCUGCGGAAGUUCUGCGAUUACCUUGUUUUCGAAGUGACCAACCCAGCGGGUGGACACAUCACCAAAUGCGUAGAGGCAAUCAAUGAUAUCAUAUGGAAGUACAAUAUAGUCACCAUUGACAGACUCGUUUUAUGUUUGGUACUCCGGCCUAACCCUGAUGGAAACGAGAGUCAAGUAUGCCUGUAUAUUAUUCAGCUAUUGCUGUUGAAAGGUUCUGAACUUAGAAAUAGGGUGCAGGACUUCGUAAAGGAAAACUCUCCUGAGCACUGGAAACAGAAUAAUUGGUAUGACAAACACUUAGCAUUUCAUAGAAAAUAUCCAGAGAAGUUUGCUCCCGAAGAAGCGAGUGGCGCAUACGGUGGCCCUAUACCAGUGUAUUUGAGCAAUGUUUGUCUUCGGUUCAUUCCUGUGUUGGACAUUGUCGUACAUAGGUAUCUAGAGAUUCCACCAGUCAGCAAAAACUUAGAACGCCUCUUGGAGCACCUUGGAUACUUAUACAAAUUUCAUGAUCGUCCUGUCACGUUUUUAUACAAUACACUGCAUUACUACGAGUCAAAACUUCGUGACAAACCCCUGUUGAAGAGGAAAUUAGUAAAUGCAGUAUUGGGCUCACUAAAAGAUGUGCGCCCACCUGGCUGGGCCACCACUGAACCUUUUCAGACUUAUCUUGGAAAGUCAGAUACAGAAGCGACAGGCUGGACUCCAGAUCUCAAUUAUUAUUUGAGUUUGGUUAACAGAAUGGUGGAUACUAUGACUGGUAACUCGCACUUCCCGAAUACAGACUGGCGCUUCAAUGAAUAUCCAAAUCCUUCUGCACAUUCACUCUAUGUAACAUGUGUUGAACUUAUGUCGUUACCUCUGGCACCUAACUUCGUAGGGCACAGUCUCCUGGAUGUCGUUACAAAAGGAUUUGUAGUUAUUCCUGCAACAAAAAUUCAACUAUGGAUCAAUGCUAUAGGCUUAAUAAUGGCUGCCCUUCCCGAUCCAUACUGGACUGUGUUACAUGACCGUAUAUUGGAAUUAAUAUCAAGUAACGAAAUGGCGGAGUGGCCAUACCCGCAUACGCCGUUCCAGCUUUUCAAUUUAACAACAACAAAUGAUGCCAUGCUGGAGAAUAAAUAUAGCUUAACGUUAGCGUUGGCCCACGCAGUGUGGUAUCAUGCCGGUGCGGGUCAAAUUAUGCAAGUUCCAAUAUUUGUAAAGGAGAAGCUGGCUUCGGAGAUAAGGACUGAGGUGCAGUUACUGUUCUUGUGCCACUUAGUAGGUCCUUUCCUACAAAGGUUUAAUUCAGAUCUGUCACGAGCCGUCAUGGAUAUUACGAUUACUCUGUAUGAGUUGCUUGCACAUAUAGAUAAAUCACAGGCCCAUCUCCAAUACAUCGAUCCAAUUUGUGAUCUACUUUACCACAUAAAAUAUAUGUUUGUUGGCGAUACAUUGAAAAAUGAAGUGGAGAGUGUUAUAAGGAAGCUGCGUCCCGCUCUACAAAUGCGUUUGCGGUUUAUCACUCACUUGAAUGUGGAGCAGAUAAACACAGCCUAGCACAACGAUUACUACAGCUACACACCUUCUAGCUCGAGCUCUAGCUCCGAGUGAACGGUGCCAGCUGUAGUAAUUUUCUGAGGAUAGUAUUGGUUAGUUAUCCUUACUAAUAUUAUGAGUGCGAAAGUGAGUCUGUCUGUCUAGCUUACACGCCAAAACUACUGAACCGAUAUAAAUAAAAUUUGAUACAUAUAUUUUAAAGCUUCUAGCUUGAAACUUAAUUUUUUGGCUAUUAAUUAACCAAUAUAUACAACAAAGUUUGUAAAAAUUUUACCUUUAAGGGGAUAGUAUAAAAUCGAGCAUGAAAGUUUAUAUGGAAAUUUGACGUUUUUGUAGUUAGAAUGAUGAAACUUUUCUCUUUAAGGUCACUAUUCCACGCGGACGUAGUCGCGGGCACAGCUAAUGUAAAAUAAAUGUUAAUUUAGUUACAAAUUGAACUUGAAACAAUCAAACAACAAUGAAUGUUAUGUUAUGUCAUAUGAAUGUUAAACAAACAACAUUUUCAAGUCGCUCAUCCACAUACAUACAAGCUGUGACUGUUUUUUUAUGUUUUAGAUGAUUAUAAGUCUGAUUGUGUUUAGAAAAUAAGUUUUAAAAAUGCGUAUGUGCAUUAUCAUUUCCGAAGUAUUGAAGAACACUGAUACUAAUGAAGCAUUUAUUGAAUUUCACAAUUCAGAGCUAUUUUUUAUAACGGAGGUCUUUGUGGAUUAAAGUAUAAAGAAGUAGUAAAGCUACUAGAGAUGUGUAUAACUAAUACUAAGAAAUGGUUGCAAAACCGAGCCACAUAAAAAACAUGUAAACACUCGACACUUGUAUAUAGAACAUUCAAGUUGUUACAAAAAUAUAUCACAGUGGCACAAAGGAAUAGUUAUAAUUACUUAUUAAUUAAAUAAAACCAUUCUGGAAUAAUUACGUUGGAAUUUAUGUGUUAUAUAUACAUUCUGAGGCACAGAAACGUUUGCGACAAUAAAAAGUACAAACAUAAUUCGAGUUAUCAAGUUCUUUCCGCCGUCCACGCACUUAUACGUUGACAUUUCAAGUAAUGUCACAUACACUUGAUACAGCAAUAAGGAUAAUGAUGAACAUACGCGCCGUAACAAAUGUCUAUAAUAAAUUAUUUUAUUUGACGUAACUAAUAUGGACAAUACUAAAUAAUAUAAAGUAUAUUUUUAUAAACUUGACGCUGGCAUUAUGAAUGCAAAUAUAAAGAGUAACGCUAUUUUACUAGGUUAUAUGUGUAUCUUUGAGUAUCCGAUAUUUCGAUAGUGUUGCAAAGCCAUGAUCACGGGUAGAUUUAUUUGUAUACUUUAAUAUGACUGGACUGAUCGUCACUAAUGAAACUCUCUAUACACAAAUUAACUCACUGUUCUAACUGCAUAUGAUCAAAGUGUUCGCUGAGUACUCAAAAAGUUCGCUUAUAAUAUCAAUAAUUAUUUUUCAAGUGUGUCGUCGACAUUAAGUCGUGUUCAACUCGACUAGCCGCCCCGACCUCCGAUUAUCUUCAAAAAACAAUCACUAUUUUGCUUAAAGUGAUCGUACUAGUAAAUCAUGUUUCAUCCGAGCAACAAUCAGCAUAAACCGUUUACUUAUAAAUUUAAAAUGGCUGUUUUGACUAGUCCAGGCAAAUAAUUUAUACUCACUGUAAACCCCACUCUGCGAACUUCUUGACCCUCGUACGACCCUUGACGCGAGACACUUUCUAACCGCGAUUUUUCUUUGCCAAUCCCAUUCAUAAUCAUCUUUCCUAAGGAAUGUUUGAAAUUAACUAAUUAUUAUUUAAUUUACAAGCCUUUAACAAACCAUUUUUGGGAGUCUUGGGAUAGACGUCUAUGAUAUGAUGACAUUAGACUUGUGUCCCUGCAUAUUAUACUCAACAAUGGUUAUAGAGGAACAAUGGUUCUACUUUGUUUAAAAUGUGUAAAACGAUAUAUGUUAUAUUACGAGUAUGUUAUAUUAUGUUGUAAAAAGAAGAGAAAAAUUAUGGAAUAUCCUCAAAAUAUUAUGAUAACUAGAUAAAUGUACAACUAAUAUUAAGAGAGAAUUGUGAUAUUGAAUAUUUUAUACAAUUAAAAUAAACAAUAAAAAAUACCGGAUAACUUUGGAUAAAGGACAUAUGCAGUCACUACGUACUAGGCGAUUGAAAUUUUGCUCUGAUAUAAUAAAAUAAAUGAUGAAAAAAAUAAAAAACGAAUAAUACAACUUAUCCUAAGUUAUCCGGAAUAAUAUCAGUAUUUUGUAUUUUUUGUAUUAAAACGCGAAAUGCCCAUGAUUAGUGAUCAGCAUUCGCAACUUAAUUGUAUUACUUUUCUUCUAUUAAUACAAUUUUGUGCUAAUACUACUUAAUUCUCCGCUUGUAUCAAUGCUGGGGCCUUUUAAACCUAAUUUUAGCCAAUAUUUUCUGAAUAUCUUAUGCUGCCAUAAAGAUAUGUCAUUAAUAAAUAGAAUUUUUAUAUAUUUGAUGUCAGAAAUAUAUUUUUAGACGUAUGAUGAAACACAUUGUUUAAUAGCAAUAACAACGCUUAUAUUUAUAAUAAUAUAAGUGCAAUAAAUUUACGUCCUCUCGAUUAUAUUAAAUGAUUAAGUGUGUGUGACCAAUACGUCGUCCUGCAUGCAAAAAAUAAGAAAAAAUAUCAUUGGUGUAUUUUAUUAAUGUAAUAAUAGAACACAAAAUCAUGGCUGUUCUAAUUUUUGUCCGAUUACCUGUGCGUUUGUGAGCGCUAAUCUCCGAAAUGGAUUAACUAAAAGAUAGACAAAUUCUAAUAAUCAUAGUUUUAUUAUAAGUAGAUUAUGAAGUUUUGUAUUAGAAAUUACUCUACACAAUGUACUACGAUCUUUUGUUCUACAAAAAUAAUACUAUGAUUCUAUUCUAUUCAUGUUAUGGUUUAAAUAUAUAUGAUUAACUCCCUUAUAGUCGAGAGAGGGCUUAUAUUUUUAUUAAUGCCCAAUAUUUUAUUCGAUAUUCACUGGAUGGAAUCGGAUAUAUUAAAUACAUUAACAACUAAUUGCAACUACUAUAUAACUUCCAACUUUCUAAUACACUGUAGCAGUAAGAAGCCGUCCACAAAUUAUGCCACAUGUUGAUGUCGAAGAAUUUAGUAAUGUAAUGUUUUAAAAUACAUCUAAAAAUUAUAAAUCGAAAUUUGAUCUAUGAGCUAAAAACUUUAAAA